CCCGAAGCCUUACCAACUUGCAUCGUCGCGUGUUCACCGUCCAGAUAGAUCGUUGUAAUAUGAUCGGGCUCACGGGUCGCACUCGUGGCAGGCUGGGAGCGCUCGUGGCUCAAGCAUCUUGGCACGACAAUCAGUCUCAUGCGCAGCGGCCGCGGCAACGGCAUGAAGGGCACACGCCAGGCUGACGGAGCAAGACUGGUCGUCAAUGAUCGUUUGUUGAAGUUGGUGAGCGUCGGGCCUGGACUCGGCCGCAGCAACAGCGACGGUAAUCUUGGGAGCGCCGCUGGGGGAUGCCUCCCGCGGGUGGACGCGUUCCAGAAUGCGUGCGACAGUGCACCAGGGAGGCCUGCGCGAGUGGACGACGAUCAAGUCGGGAGCGCCAGUGGGAGCGACACCACUCACGGAUCGUUCCCAGAAGAUGUUCCCUGCGCAUCAGGCAGCUAUUGGUCCUUGUCGGACCUCCGUGGCAGCAGCCGGCGGUUCAGCGGUUGCAGCGAGCACGACGGCAGCGGCGGCUCGGCGUCGAGCAGCUCCCACUCCGAGAACCACAGCCCUCGGUGUGCAGAGGAGAGCGAGGUCGACGAGCAGCAGGAGGCAGAAUGGUUGAAGGCCAGCGAGGCCCAGCACGCCGCCGGGACCUGCAGGCCCUGCCUCUUCCUCGGGACGGAGGUGGGCUGUGCGAACGGCCGCACCUGCAGGUUCUGCCACCUGCCGCACGCGGCCAAGCGCAGGGCGCGGCCGAGCAGGGCCGAAUGUGUGCACUGCGAGCAGCGGGUCGCGAAGCCAGACACUGCAAGAGCGAGGGCGACGCGGGUGCCACGUGGGACUCGGCCGACGACGUCAACCUUUGCCAGCGGCAAGGGCUCGGCGCCCAGCAGCAGGGCCCGCUGGAGGAUCCUCGCGGCAGACGGGCCGCCGCGCUGUUGCGCCUGUUAGCUGAGUUGGGCUCUUCCGUCGCAGCUCGGCCAUGAGGGUUUGAACCA